CAAUGAAUUCUGGAACAUUAAGGGAAUUUGUGUUUGCUGGGAUGGAAUCCACCAUGAUGUAAAAACAAAUAUACAUUUUUUCUAUUACAAUUUAUGUAGCCUGGUAAGUAGCCUACUUUUUGAAUUGUCGCUCCAAUACCCAGGUAUACCCAUAGGAGUCAGUAAACUACAAUCCAAAAACAUGGACACUAUUGGAAGCCUUUAACUGGUUAAGUUACUCGAUCGUACUGUAUAAAAACAGUUGAAAAAUAAUAUAACAUACUCGUCUGGGAGUAUCUCAUCUGCUCUAAGAACAAUAUUAGUUCUCUUCUUUUCUGUGGUGUUCAACGGUUGUCUGGUGGCUCCUCGUUUACAGCUCGUCUCCAUUCAUUCACCCUUUGGGCGAGUUCCAUGCUGGCGUCUUCUGAAUUCAAACAGAAAAGAAAGAAGGGCACAAGACCACUUGGCUGCCAUAUGAGAGGGGGAACAAUUAAAUAGAUCAUUGUCCGUUCAAAUUAAAUUUAGUCAAACAGAUGGCAUCAAUCCACUGAAAAAAACAUACGACUUGUAAACUCGACAACUGGCAAUGUAGCAAAUACACGACGUUAGAUAGUAAGUUAUAGAAUUAAUAUCUAAGGCACAAGACGGCAUAACUUUAUAGGCUUUUACUUGACCAUAAUUAUUCAUCAUUUUCAGUUUAGUGACGUUACCUGUGUGUUUUGGCGCUGCAGUCAGAAAGGCGGUCGCGGUGUCUAAUUUGAAAGCGCCAAUAAAAGCGUCACGACGUCCACUCAGGAAGACCGACCAGGCGCACACACACAAACACUGUAAAGUGGACAGAGAGAUGCUGCACACAAAGAGCCAGUGGAUAUUCAGAAAUGAAUUAUUUCCGAGAAAAGUUCUUAUCUGUGUAGAGAGGUAAAUGGACAGGAGCAAAGAUGAACAAGUUUGGAUUAAUGCAUCUUUGUUUAUUUCUCACGCACGAUACGAUUUUCUUUUGUUUUACUGUGUAUGGUGCUUGUUGUACCAGCUCAUCGAGUAUACAGUCGGGUUGCAGCAAUGAGAAGAAGUGGCUCAAUAUCUCAGCUCCACCAUCAAUGAGAAAAUCAGGCUUAGCUCCACUUCGUAGCAGAAGGUUCACACAGCUAUCAUUUUCCAAAUCUGUAUAUUCAUUCGAAGUGAGAGAAGACACACCUCCUGGGACAAUUGUAGGACAUGUGGAGGCAGUAUAUAGUGAGAAGAAUAAAACCUCAGUGUACUCAGUUCAGGAGGAUGAUGGCGAUGGCCUUUUCCUUCUCAAUCCACAUUCUGGAGAAUUCCUCCUGUCCCGUGCUCUGGAUUUUGAGAUUGAGCGCUACUACAUCCUGACUGCAGGAGCUCAGCAUGGGGACAGUGAGCUCAUAAGAGUCAGGGUUUACUUCAAUGUGAUUAAUGUCAAUGACAACCCACCGGUGUUCAGCCAGAAUGCUUUCUAUGCCUCCAUACCGGAAGACUCACCUGUUGGAAUGUGCUUCCUGAGUCUGAAUGUUUCAGAUCCAGAUGAGGGUAUUUAUGGUGAAGUGGAGUUAGCGGUGACAUCUGGAGAUCUUGAGAAUAAGUUCUCAAUAAACCAAGAGGGAACUCUGUGCCUAAUCGCUGAAUUAGACAGAGAAACAAAUGCAAUGUACAGCCUUAUUGUCCAAGCCAAUGAUCAUGCUUUACCCACAGAGACUCGUCUCUCAAGCUCAGUGCAUGUAACUAUCUAUCUUAAGGAUGUCAAUGACAACCCCCCUUUUAUCACAACACCCAGUACAGUUAGUUUUCCAGAGAACGCACCUCUUCAAUCUGCUGUGACUGUCAUACAGGCCACAGAUGCUGAUGCUGGAUCUAAUGGUGAAUUUGUUUUUAGUUUUGAAAGUGCAAAAGAUGAAUCUUUCAGUAUAAAUAGUUCCACCGGCGUUGUCUACCUGCAGAAGCCGUUGGACAGGGAAACCAAGGAUGUCAUCAGAGUUAUGCUGAAAGUCAAAGAUAAAGGUAUACCUCCAUUGUACACUUUAAUGAACCUCACAGUGCUUGUUGAGGACGUGAACGACCACAAUCCAGAGUUCACUCAGAGCAUUUACAGCCUUUCAGUAUAUGAGGAUGCACCUCGUGGAACAAUUCUACUAAAAGUUGGUGCAAGCGAUCGGGAUAUUGGGCCGAAUGGACUGGUCCGGUUCUCUAUCUCAGAGAGUGGGUUCAUGGUGGACUCUGUUUUAGGUAUAGUUUUAGUGAUAGAGAAGAUGGACCGUGAAAAGACACCUUUCUACAGCUUUUCAGUCUUUGCAGUAGACCAGGGAGAUGUUCAAAGAUCCACCACAGCAACUAUCAACAUCACAGUCCUAGACGUCAAUGAUUGCGUGCCUAAUUUUUUACCAGAAUCCCUUAUAAUACAUGUUUUGGAAAAUGGGGAGGACUCUUCUCAGCAUACACAUCAGAUUCAUGCAUCUGAUGAGGACUUGGGAGCUAAUGGUCAGCUGACUUAUUCUAUAGAAUCAGGAAAUGAUGAGAAUCUUUUCUCACUUCAUUCCAAUGGAACCAUCCAGAUCUUAGAAGAUCUUGAUAGGGAAGUGAAAAGCCAGUACGUUUUGAAAGUUAUUGCUGUUGAUUCAGGAUUUCCAUCACUGACAGGCACAGGCACUUUAAUUAUUGUUGUAGAUGACAUCAAUGACAACAUCCCAGUUUUUGAAAAGGAUAUAUUCACUGCUCAUGUAUUGGAGGAUUCUCCUGUUGGAACUUCUUUUCUGAGAAUUACAGCUUCGGACUUAGAUGAUGGCACCAUUGGCCAGUUAAGAUAUUCUUUAGAGGGCCUCGAUUUUCCAUUUUUCAUCAAUGCAACAUCUGGGGAUUUAUUCACUGUAAGUGCUUUGGACAGAGAGACAGUGCCUUUCUACAGAUUUUUGGUUAUCGUCAGUGAUGGUCAUCCCACAAUGCCUCUUUCCAGCUCAGCUGCUGUUGUGGUAACAAUUGAGGAUGUGAAUGAUAACUUUCCGUCAUUUCUUUAUGGACCAUAUGUGGCCAAUAUACCUUUUGGGUUAACCAAAGGAUCAGUUGUUUGCACAGUGAUGGCAGAAGAUGCAGAUGUUGAAUUGAAUGCAAAACUAAAUUUUUCUCUGCAAGGCCAGCAUGCCCAUCUCUUCUCCAUUAACUCUCACACGGGAACAGUGUUAAUUUCAGAUUCAAUAAAUAGAAGAAAUGACAUCACCAUUGAUGUUCAUGUGCAGGAUGGAGCAGAAAUGCCAAAAAUGGACACAACAACCUUGACUGUCAGAUUUUGGAAUGACUCAUACUUUCCUAAAAUUGCAGUCCAGGUUUAUAAGAACAGUCUCUUUGAGGACGCACCCAUCGGGACCUUAGUGGCCAUUGUGACUGCAGAAACAUUGAAAAAUGUAUCAGUGUAUUUCUAUCUGCCCUCUGGAAACUUUGGGGAGGUUUUUGAGCUUCACCCUAGCACUGGUGAGUUGACUAUCAAGGAUCCCUUAGAUUUUGAAACCAACAUGUAUUUUCAUCUAAUAGUUGAAGCCAGAGACUCAGGAAUACCACCUUUUUCUUCAUAUGCUGAACUUCAUUUGAAUAUCAGCGAUGUGAAUGACAACCCACCAGUGUUCUCACAAGACAUCUACAAAUGCCAAGUGUAUGAAAACUUGGCUUCAAGUAGGGUGUGUAAUGUUUUAGCAAAGGAUGCUGAUUCUGGAGUGUUUGCAGAAGUGCUGUACUUCAUUCUAGGUGGUAACAUUGAGAGCACAUUUAAAAUAGACAAAAAUCGAGGCACUCUUUCCACAACAAAACGAUUAGACAGAGAACAAAUACCAUAUUAUAAUCUCUCCAUAAAGGCUAUUGAUAAAGAAAACAACAGUCUUUUGGCCGUAGCAUCUAUAAUAGUUGAAGUUCUUGACACAAAUGAUCAUGCACCUCGAUUCACAAAGAUUUACGUCACAGAGGUUCCAGAGAAUGCUCCCAUUGGCUUUUCAGUCAUUCAGAUUGUUGCUACUGAUGAAGAUGCUGGUCUGAAUGCUGUCAUUGAAUAUACAAUCAUUGGCCAUAACAGUGAGUUUCCAUUUAGCAUUGAUAAAACCACUGGUACUUUAUUUGUAUCGCAUCCUUUGGACAGAGAAGAUCAGGAUCAUUAUAUAGUGAAGGUCAAUGCCAAUGAUUCUGCUUGGAGCAUCAGCACAGAUGUCACCAUAGACAUUACAGAUGUCAACGACAACGCGCCAAUCUUCUCUCAACCAGUAUACUCUGUCACUAUCCCUGAGAUGAAGAUGCAUGAAGUUUUCAUUUUACAAGUUAGUGCCACUGACAGAGAUCUUGGUGAGAAUGCUCAAGUACUCUACUUCAUCAAUCCACCAAAUGAACUUUUUUUUGUGAAUGCAUCAACUGGGGAAAUUUCAAACAAACAGACCAUUGCUUUGGCUGAACUGGAAUCUGAAAUUUUUACAUUUAUGGUUGUGGCAUCAGACUGCGGCAAUGUUUCUCUAAACAGCUCUAGCAUUGUUUCAGUAGCAUUAGUGCAAUAUAAUUAUUUCCCACCAAUGUUUUUGCCAUUCAAGCCUUUGGUAUCAAUUCCUUUAACUUUGGAUGUAGGAUCAGAAGUUAUCCAAGUAUCUGCGGUAGAUCAAGAUUAUCUUCAAAUGAACAACAGUGUUGAGUACUUCAAUAGUGGUGGCAACGGAUCUCUUUAUUUUCAGGUAGAACAAAACAGUGGAAGAGUACUGGUAAAUGCAACUUUAGCAAAUAGCCUUAACAUGAUCCUAACACUUGAAAUUACUGCAAAAGAUAAAGGCCUCCCGCCUAUUGCUGCACAAACUGAAAUCAGUUUUGAAGUUAUACAAGAGAACCAGUUUGCACCUCAGUUUCUCAACAGCCAAGUUGAGUUUUUUGUUCCAGAGGAUUUGCCUGUGGGUUCAGUUAUUGGAAAGAUCCAAGGCAAAGAUAAGGAUGUUGGUUCCAAUGGUGUUAUUUCUUACUCUUUUGAUGGUGGAAAUGAAAAUGGUUUGUUUUCCAUAGAACACUUUUCAGGAUUGAUAAUGCUGGUUAAAGGACUUGACUUUGAGAAGUCAGAAACUCACCAUCUUAGUGUCAUUGCCAAGGAUGGAGGUUGGCGUCCUAAAAAGGGCAGACUUAAUGUCACAGUGUAUGUUACAGAUUUAAACGACAACCCCCCUAUAUUUACAUCUAAGGACUAUGUUGCCUCUGUUUUAGAAAAUGCUUUCAUUGGGACCUUAGUGUUGCAAGUUUGGGCAAAGGACAGUGACACAGGAAUUCACUCUCAAAUCACAUAUUCGGUUAUCGCAGGAGAUGCUCAGCUGUUCUCUUUGGACAGCAAAAAUGGAUCUAUUACCACUUUGGAGAUUUUUGAUUAUGAGCAAAAUCAGCAUUUUGAACUUACAGUUAAGGCCACCAACAUUGGUCCUCCAUUUUUGUUUGAUAUUGCCCGUAUAUACAUCCAGGUUGUUGGUGUUAAUGAGUUCAUCCCUGCUUUUCAAAGACAUCUAUACAACUUCUCAGUGUCAGAAGCUUUGAUGCCACAAACUGAAAUAGGCAGCAUCCUGGCUACUGAUUAUGACCUAGGCCCUGACGGAGAAGUGUUUUACAUACUUGUGGGUCAAAGUAAAAAAUCAAAUUUCGUAGUAGACAAGCAUACAGGAAAAAUAUAUAUCGCCAAAGAUUUGAAAACUCGCCUCAAAAAUGAAGACGUCCUACAUGUGUUGGCAAAAAACAGAGGGGCCAUUACUGGGUUUAAUGUUGAUGAAGCAUUAAUACAUCUAAGCAUAUUGGAUGAAAAUGAUCCACCUGAGUUUGAUUCAAUGCUCUACAUUGUAGCAGUGUCAGAAGACAUCUCGAUUGGGACUUCUAUUGCCAAAGUCAAAGCAGUCGAUCCAGAUGUAAUUCUAGAAUGGAGCAGGUUCUCGUAUAGCAUUGAACAUGGAAAUAUUAAUAGUUCCUUCAUUAUAGAUCCAGUGAGUGGAGUCAUUUCUGUUAACAGUCACCUGGAUAGAGAGAUAUGGGCCAUCUACAACCUGACGGUCAUUGCUGUUGAUGAGGGUUCACCUUCUGUAACAGGAAGCACAAAGGUUGCUAUAACCGUUAAUGAUAUCAAUGACAGUCCUCCCAAACUGUUGACCACAGAAGGGUUUAUAAGAGAAAACCAGCCUGCUGACACUCUGGUCUCCACCUUAACAGCCACAGAUGAUGAUCUUCCUCCAAAUCAAGGCCCUUUCACAUACUGGAUGAUGAGACCUGCUGAGGGUUUUUCGCUUACAACUGAGGGAGUUCUGGUUACCUCAAAACCCUUUGACCGGGAACAUGAUCCACUUUUUCACAUGCAUAUUGUCGUUCAAGAUGCUGGUAAGCCACCAAUGUCCUCUACCACAUUGUUUCAUAUUAAAGUUCUUGAUGAAAAUGAUAAUGCACCAGUCCCGAGAAACAUUAAUAUAUUGGUCAAAUAUUACGGAAGUUCUUUCCCAGGAGGGCUAAUUGGAAAUGUGAGACCAACUGAUCUGGAUGAACUGGAUGUGUUCAACUGUACAAUCAGAAAUGGCCAACCCAGGAUGUUUAGUUUCCCUUUUGGGAUGUGUAAUUUGUGGUCCUCCCCAUACCAAGGAGAAGCAACUUAUAAUAUUUCAGUGGAAGCAAGUGAUCAGCUCCAUCCUUCAGUUAACAACAGUAUUUACGUCAAUUACAAAGGUUUUACCAACGUCUCUCUUGACAACUGUGUGUUGUUUUAUGUCUCUAUUUCUACUCUUGAGGAGUUUCUGUCUUUGAAGUAUUUAAAAUUCGUUAAAGCUUUGGAUAGUCUCUUUAAUCUACAAGCCUCCAAAACGCAUGUGUUUGGAAUGAAGCUGCAAGGAGAUAAAAUGCUGCUUCUUGCUGCUGUGAAGAGCUACAAUGGGCAAUAUCUAACUGGAGAAGUGGCAAGCGGAAUAUCAAGCAUGCAUAAAAAGUUACUGGAAGCACAAAGCAAUGUGACUAUAUCCCAAAUAACCAGCAACCCCUGUAUGCUCCGUCCUUGCCACAAUGGUGCCACCUGCAACAGAAACAUUCACAUCAGUCAGGAAGUUGCUGUGUUGGAAAGCUCUAGCCUUAUAUUUGUGUCCCCUUAUUUCAUGGAGAUUUUUAACUGCACCUGCCCAACAGGCUUUACAGGUGAUGCAUGCGAACUGGACUUUGAUGAAUGUGCCAAGGAACCUUGUGAAAAUGGGGGAAACUGCUACAACAAUCCAGGAACGUAUUUUUGUCAAUGUAAGGAAGGAUUCUCCGGACCACACUGUACUAUAGUUGAUAAUGAAUGUCAAACAGUGGUGUGCUUAAAUGGAGGAACGUGCUGGAACAGACAGGGAGGGUUCAUCUGUGAUUGCAGCCCAGGGUAUGAAGGAAGAUUUUGCGAUCGUAUUGUUGACCACUGUGUUUCCUCCCCUUGCGUUUAUGGGAAUUGCUCCAGUUUAUUUACUGGUUAUUCUUGCCAGUGUCCAUUUGGUGUGAGUGGAGUCAAUUGUGAUGAACAGAGUUAUGGCUUCCAGGAACUAUCGUAUAUUGAAUAUCCUCCUUUGGAUCCGCAAUAUAACUUCAUCUAUCUGGAGUUUGCAACCGUGCAGCAAAAUGCACUGCUUUUGUACAACCAUGGCAAGCCAUCAACUUCAGACUUUCUGGCCCUUGAAAUCUUGAGCGGAAGGCUGUUUCUGUCUUAUGAUCUUGGGUCUGGAGUGAUACGAUUGGAAACAGGGAAGAUUAUAGCUGAUGGAUUAUUUCACAACAUCUCUGUAAGAAGAUCUGGAAAUAUGGCCUCUCUAGAAAUCGACAACUGCUCUGUCUAUGAACCUCAAGGCUUUUGCACCACUCAAACUGGUGCCACUGGAAACCAAAGAACUCUGGAGGUGAGCUCAAAUAACAUGACAUUUGGUGGUGUAAAGUCUAUUGAUGCCAUUUUGCUGAGGCAAAUCAGAACUCAUGACUUUGUUGGCUGUAUGAGAAACCUGCAAGUAAACAACAUUCGUCCUGAUUCAUUAAAAUCUCUGGCGUCCCACAAUAUUCUUCCAAGAUGUCCUAGAACAGAUAUUCCUCCCUGUGAGGCUGCAGUGUGUUUGAAUGAAGGAGUUUGUCAAGACCAAUGGUCCCAUCACCGCUGCCAGUGUAGAGACCACUUCACCGGACCCAGCUGUGCCAUGAAUUUGGCUGAGCAGCAUGUAUUGUUUCUCAACGGGGAGGCUUAUGUUAAGUUUGAUGUCAAAGAAAGCUACAGAAGAAACCAGCUUCUGCAAGCCAUUCUCGAUUCUGGGAAAGAAGGAGACUCUCUGGGUUUUGACAGUGUUGAGAUCAAGAUGAGGACUGUACGAAGAAAUGGUGUACUGGUUGUGUGUUGGAGUCAAUCAGCAUAUUUAAAACUUAAGAUAUCAGAUGGGAAGCCUCUAUACAUGUUCACCAAUGUCACAUCUGGUCAUCAGCUUGAGCUGUCAGUGGAGGGAAAUGUGUCAGACGGACAGUGGCAUGUUCUUCAUCUCCGCAGAAGAGGCUCGCUCUUCUCUCUGUUUCUGGAUGAUCGGCCUGUUGCAAACACCACCAAUGGCACCAUAGCUCAUUCAGCAUUCCUUGUGGAGACCAUUUUUCUGGGCUCUUCUCCAGUGAGGGAAUCCAGAGAGUUUCCAGAGAUAAUCCAAAACUUAGGUUUUAGAGGAUGUGUGGAAUACAUCAAAUACAACGGCCACCUCUUAUCCUUCAACGGCCACAAUGAUAUAGUUGAGUCCAGGUCCAGCCUGUCUGCCUUUCAGACCUUCUGCGUUUCUCCAAGCCACUGUGUUUUAACUCCAUGCCUCGAGGACUCCUGUCUGUCUGAGCCCUGCUGGAACAACACUGACUGUGGAUCUUCAUCCAGAGAUGACUACUGGUGCAUCUGUCUACCCAACACUCCAGAGUCUUCAUGUGGAUCCUGCUCAUCCGAGCUCAUCCAUAGUGAUCCCUGUUCGCCAUCCAAAAAAACUGCACCGUUAUGGAUCGUAGCAGUUGUUGUCCCCAUCGCCCUCAUUCUGCUGAUCCUAGUUCUGUGUUUUGUCCUCAGGAGACACCAAAAUCAUGGUGAAGGUGAAAAGAAGAGUCAUAACUACCUUAUGCCACCUAGUAGACCACAUGGCAUGGAUAACCUGGCGUUUAGUUUAAGCCCCACAGAGAUUCAAAACACCUCAAAUGAACCAAACAAGCAACCAGAUUUGAUUAAAACUAGGGAUUCAACGCAAGGAGUGGAAAGUUUUACUGAAAGUGGCCCUUUGUGUCAUGUCUCAGGUUUUGCAGGAAGUGAACUGGAGUAUUACGAGAUUGACAGCACGUACUCGAAUGUGAUGAAGACGGAGGAUGAACAGGCAAAUGCAAAAGUUCCUCAAUCCACCAUGCAGCCUCAAAAUAAUCACAAACCAUCUCCUAAACUUCAUCUGAAGACACCCGAAGGUGAUUUUCACCAAUGGCAUCGUCAAUCCCACUUGUUCUUUAAGAGAAAACUAGCUCCUGAUCUUACAGGCCCACCGCAGCACCUAUCUGCGGAUGAGGUUGAGAAACUGAACACCCCACGAGGUGGCAAAAGAUACUUAAAUCAGAAUUUGAGGGAGGGUCCCAUUCAACCGUGCCGUGGCGGGCCGAUUGAGACGUCAUCAGAGAGCGAGAGUCACUGCUCCUUCACUGCCUCUGAGUUUGACUGUGAGAGAGAACUGUCCCUCAUCAGCUCACAUCACAAAGAUGAACAUCAAUCUGAAGAUUUGUCCAGAGGACCGUUUAUUCUGAUGGCUCCUUCACCCUUCAGAGAUGUGCUCUCCACCCAGAAUCUGUCCUGUUCCUCUGCAUCUGAUGGGAUCCAGCGGCUGGAGAAUCUGCUUAAUCUAGGAGUGCAUUUUCACAGCUAUGCGGAUGUGUUUAAGGACAUAGCCAGCUUACCGACCCAUCAGCCAACCGACUGUGAUUUUCAGAGUGACCAGGAGGAAAUCAUUUAAAAGUAUGUCCAAAAACUAGGUUCACACUUCAUUUAAAAGUCCCUUUUUUAUUUAGUCAACUCGAAUCGACUCACUGGUAACUUCAAUUAUUGCAUACAAAUAUUAAUUAACAGAUGAAGAAAGUGUUUAUAUUAUGUGGCAUAUCUUAAAGGUAUUGCAGUUUAUCAAUAGUUUACAAAUAAUAAUCAUAACCAUUGAUCAUGUCUUAAAGUAUAACAGUGUUACAUAAUAACAUAAUAAUCUUGUUACAGUAUAUUAGCAUCAUCUGGUGUCAAAUCUAUAACAUUACGUACACAUAUAUCCUGAGUGUGUGGGUUUUAAAGUUCAUAUCAUAACCUUUUAUGAAUGCUAUACAUUUUAUGUACAUUUAUAAAACCAGUACAUACCAGAAAAACCAAGAAACCUAUCAAAAUUAAUAUAAUUUUGAAAACCCUUUGAAAAAUUAAUAAACCGUCUAGAAUUUCUACUCUAAAAGCAAUAUUUACUUGGACUGAAAAUAUUUUGUGUCUGUUAAAACGGCAUUAAAUGUGAAAGAUAAUGAAAUAAAAAUACCUAUUUAAUGUAUUAUUUACUAUUUAUGAAUAAUAAUUGAGAUUAUUAUUUUUAUCAAGUUUUUGUACUAUAAAUUAAAAUAAUUAUCAAUAAUUUAUUUGCAAUGUGUUCCUUAUUUUAGCAGAGAAUAUUAGCAUAAAAGUUUAUAAUGGAAGAUGCAUAAAAAGAAGAGUCAAGUAUGCUUUUUAAAAAGGAAAUAGAUAUAUUUUAAUUAUUUGAUCACAAGCAUUAAAUACAAUAUAUAAGAAAUAUAUAUACAAAGCCACAAAGAAUUAAGUCAGUUCUGAAGUAGGUUCGACCUGGUACUAGCAAAUUACACUUAAAUGUAGUGUGAUAAAAACUAAAAUUUAAAUCGCUGCAAAAUAAAUAAAGAAACAAAGAAAAUGCAGUAAGAUGGAUAUUAGAAAACAAAGAUGAUGGUGCCAUCUGGUGGCCAUUGGUCCACAUUGAAAACAGCAGUCCAUUGAGGAUUUUAAAACAUUAACAUAAAUGACUUUUUUUUUUAUCAAACAGUAAAUCAAUUAUUCUUGUAAGUAAUAUUAUGCAAGUGGCUUGAGGCAUGAUGUUGACAUGAUUAUUGUUCUCUUUUUAAAUGCACCUUACUGAAGCACACAAGAAAUAAUCCAGUUUGUUCAGUUUUAUGCAUUCAUUUUGAUAAACUGUAGAAAGAAACUUUGUUUAGUUCACAUUUAUGUAUAAGUGGUUAGAAAACUGCAAUGAAAUUGGUACAUGGUUAGACAAUGUUAGAAUCAUUUAAUUCAUUUUCCUUCGGCUUAGUCUCUUUACUCAUCAGGGGUCGCCACCGCAGAGUGAACCACCAACUUAUCCUGCAUAUGUGUUACACAUCGGAUGCCCUUCCAGCUGCAAUCUAAUACUGGGAAACAUCCAAUCAUCCAACUCAGGCUCAUUCUGAUUAAGUACCCCUAUAUACUGUAGAAAGCAAAAUAUGUCUAAGAGCUACAUUUUUUUGCAGUUUUUGUUUUCGCUUAUCUGCCAGAGGCCUCUGUGUAUGCUUUUCGAGAUCUUUCCUUCGUGAGUGCCAUUUGUGCAUGCUGUUCUCAAGUAAAUCCACAAGACGUUGCUGUUGACUGACUGAUUGACUGAAUGAUUCCCCCAACAUUCCCCUUCCCUAAACUGGUAACUGCAGAAAAGCUGUCCAUAUGGAGAUGAGUGGUCACCUGGUUAGCGAGAAAAGGAACGGCUUUAUACCACCCCGUAUCUUUCAUUUCAAAGACGAAAUGCAGCCAUAUGUGCUUUUGGCUACAUAAUUUGUGAUCUCCUGUCAUGUAUAUAGGG